AUGACAAAAGAUAAAAAACAAAGUCAAAACGAUGAAGCGAUGGAUACAAGUACAAUCAAUGCCGACGAAAACGGUGCAGAAAAUGCAGGUCCAUCGUACGAAGAUAAAUUCAAAUACAUGAAUGCACUGGCUUCACCUGUGGCACCGAAAAAAUUAGCAAAGAAAUUGUUCAAAUGCGUCAAACAAGCAACGAAACAAAAGAAUUACAUUCGAUUAGGUCUACGUGAAACACAAAAAUACAUUCGUCGAGGCGAAAAAGGUCUUGUCGUUUUCGCUGGGAAUGUAUCGCCUAUUGAUAUUUACAGUCACAUGCCUGUUGUCUGCGAAGAAGCAAAUAUUCCGUAUGUGUUCGUCCCAUCGAAAGAAGAUUUAGGUAGUGUAAUUCGUGCUAAUCGAACAUGUUGUUUGUUAAUGGUUCGUCCUCAUCCGGAAUACAAGGAAUUAUACGAUGAAAUUAUCGAGAAAGUGAAUAAGUUAGAGUCCGAAACGACCAAAACUGAAUAA